GUAGGUUUAUCCGAAUGAGAUGUAUAUCUACAAUGUGUAAGCGCUUAUGGCCCAGCCUUAAAGCAUCUUCAUAUGAGGGGAAAAAAGAUGCCGCUGUAAAACUUUCCAGUUAACGAGACGAGAGGAAGGGAGAGAAUUGACGCGAUGGCUGAAAAAGACAAAACUGGGUGAAGAGCAUUUUAUACAGUCCCUCGUCAACAAGGAGGAUCAGCAUGAUUACAUAGAAACCAUCUUUUAUUUGAAGGAAAAGAGACAAAAGUUUGGCGAAGUAUGGCGCGAGAGAUUGGAGAGUCUGGGGAAGCCAAAAGUACCAAAGUCAAAAAGCACAAAAGAAGGAAAAGCAAAAAGGAGAGCAAAACAAGGAUCGUACACGCCAACAUUUUUUAUGACCAUACCAAAGGAUUGGACAACCCCAACAGACACUAUGCAGAUAAUAAGAUCAAAACCACAAAAUACACUCUGCUUUCUUUUCUACCGAAGAAUCUCUUCGAGCAGUUUCACCGAUUUGCCAACGUGUAUUUUGUUUUCAUAGCCUUACUCAAUUUUGUGCCGGUGGUCAAUGCUUUUCAACCAGAACUGGCUCUCGCCCCCGUGGUCUUUAUAUUAUCCGUUACCGCUAUCAAAGAUUUAUGGGAGGAUUACAGGCGACAUCGAUCAGAUAAAGAAAUCAAUCACAUGGACUGUCUCGUUUACAGUAGGAUUGAGAAAGGCUACGUGGAGAAAUACUGGAAGGAGAUUCGGGUCGGAGACUUCAUCCGUCUGCGCUGCAAUGAAAUUCUGCCCGCCGACGUUUUGCUGCUCAGCUCCAGUGACCCGGACCGCCUGUGUCACAUUGAGACAGCCACACUGGACGGAGAGACCAACCUAAAACAGAGGCAGGUGGUGCGCAGUUUCAUCGACCUGGACUGUGAGUUUGACCCCUUAAAAUACAACAGCAUUAUUGAGUGUGAGAAGCCCAACAAUGACCUCAACCGAUUUCGAGGAUACAUAAUCCAUCGCAGUGGGAGGAGAGACGGGCUGUACAAAGACAAUCUGCUGCUCCGGGGCUGCACCAUCCGCAACACGGAGGAGGCUGUGGGAAUUAUCAUCUAUGCAGGUCAUGAGACAAAAGCUAUGCUGAACAACAACGGCCCUCGAUAUAAACGCAGCAAACUGGAGCGCCAGAUGAACAUAGACGUGUUCUGGUGUGUCAUCAUACUGCUGGUCAUGUGCCUCUUUUCAGCUAUUGGUCAUGGCCUGUGGAUGUUUCAGUAUGGAGAUAAGAGGCCUGUCUUUGACGUUCUUAGCCCGGAAGGAACAAACUUAUCUCCAGUGGUCUCUGCCAUUUAUCUCUUCCUGACCAUGAUUAUAGUUUUUCAGAUUCUGAUCCCAAUCUCGCUCUUCGUUUCUAUUGAAAUAGUGAAGAUAUGCCAGGUAUACUUUAUCCACCAGGAUGCUGAGCUAUACGAUGAGGAGACAGACUCUCACCUCCAAUGCAGGGCCCUGAAUAUUACCGAAGACCUGGGCCAGAUGCAAUACAUCUUCUCUGAUAAGACCGGCACACUCACAGAAAACAAGAUGGUGUUUCGGCGCUGUACUGUGGCAGGAGUGGAAUACUCGCAUGAUGCUAAUGCGAGGAGGCUUGCUAUGUACCAGGAGGUGGAUUCAGAGGAGGAGGAAUGCACAUCUCACGGUGGGACUCUACCGCGGAGAGACAGCGUCACCAGUCACCAAAGCGGGAAAGUGGUGUUGCGAUCACAGAGCACCAAAUCUCACCGCCGCACAGGGAGCCGUGCUGAAGCCAAACGGGCCAGCAUUUUGUCCAAACACACAGCCUUCAGCAGUCCGAUGGAGAAAGACAUUACUCCGGAUCCUCAGCUUAUGGACAAGGUCAAUGAGUGCAGCAGUCAGAUGGACUUUAUGCGUUUUCACAGUCAGUCCAUGAAUCAGAUUCCUCCUGACCUGUGUGACGUCUUUGACUUCUUCAUCGCCCUCACCAUCUGCAACACUGUGGUUGUGUCCUCUCCCAAUCAGCCCAGGCAGAAGGUGCGUCGCUACGAGCUGAAGUCUCCAGUGAAGACCAUAGAGGACUUCAUCAAACGCUUCACCCCGAGCCGCCUGACCUCUGGCUCCAACAGCAGCAGUUCCUCCAGCUUGGCCACCAACCGCUCCUCAUCCCACAGGGUGGGCUCCAGCAUGCUGUCCUCCCCCUCGGCUGAGAGCACGCUGACAAAGCUGAACGAGGAAAAAGCUCGAGAUCGCGACCUUCAGCAUGCCUUCAGCCCCGUCCCACCCAACUACGAUAAAUCAAAGGCUUUGGCGCAAGAUGAGUGCGAGCUCAGAUACGAGGCCGAGUCGCCGGAUGAGGCAGCUCUUGUUUAUGCGGCCCGGGCAUACAAGUGCGCCCUUGUGGGUCGUUUGCCUGAUCAGGUGACCGUGGAGCUACCACACUUGGGCAGGCUGAGCUUUGAGCUGCUGCACACGUUGGGGUUCGACUCCACAAGAAAGAGAAUGUCAGUGGUCGUCAGGCACCCGCUGACCGAACAGAUCACGGUGUACACCAAGGGUGCCGAUUCGGUCAUCAUGGAUUUGAUCAGACCAGUUUCAGAUGAUGUCAAGGGAAAACGACAAAGGAAAGUUUUGUAUAAAACUCAAAACUACUUAAAUCUCUAUGCUGCAGAUGGUCUCAGAACGCUCUGUAUUGCCAAAAAGGUUCUCAGUAAGGAGGAGUAUGCCAGUUGGCUACAGCGCCACCUUGAAGCCGAGACGGCCAUACAGAAAAGGGAGGAGUUACUUUUUGAGUCUGCCUUACGAUUAGAGACCAACCUCACCCUUCUAGGAGCAACAGGUGUUGAGGACAGACUUCAGGAUGGAGUCCCAGAGACCAUUGCCUCUCUGAGGAAAGCGGGCCUUCAGAUCUGGGUGCUGACUGGAGAUAAACAGGAGACUGCCAUCAACAUCGCCUACGCCUGCAAACUGCUGGACCCAGAGGAGGAGAUCAUCACACUUAAUGCUGACUCACAGGAGGCCUGUGCUGUAUUGCUGGAGAACAGCCUUCACUACAUCCAGACGAAGUUCCUUUGCAACCCUCCACCAGAUCCUCAAGUGGCCAGAGAGUACAGCAGCUUCCACUUCUCUUCUCCUGUCUGUUCUCCAGCAUCCUCUACGCACACCAGCCCCUUCUUGGUGCACCGGCUCGGGCUGGUAAUUGACGGCCGGACCCUGGCCUACGCGCUAGAUAAGAGUCUCGAGGACAAGUUUCUGGCGGUGGCUCGGAGCUGCAGGUCCGUUCUGUGCUGCCGCUCGACGCCCCUGCAAAAGAGCAUGGUGGUCAAGUUGGUCCGUAACAAGCUGAAGGUCAUGACGUUGGCCAUAGGUGAUGGGGCUAAUGAUGUCAGCAUGAUCCAGGUAGCUGAUGUUGGCGUGGGGAUUUCUGGACAGGAAGGCAUGCAGGCAGUAAUGGCCAGUGAUUUUGCCCUGCCACGGUUUCGAUACCUGCAGAAACUUCUCUUGGUUCAUGGUCACUGGUGUUACUCUCGUCUAGCCAACAUGAUCCUUUACUUUUUCUACAAAAAUGCUAUGUUUGUUGCGCUGAUCUUCUGGUAUCAGUUCUACUGUGGGUUCUCGGGGUCAGCCAUGGUCGAUCAGUGGUAUCUGAUCUUCUUCAACCUGAUGUUCUCUGCAUUCCCUCAACUCAUCACUGGGACCCUUGACAAAAAUGUGUCAGCAGAAACCCUAAAGGAGCUUCCUCAGCUCUACAUGAAUGGGCAAAACUCGGAGGAAUAUAAACCUUAUAUGUUCUGGAUGAACAUGAUUGAUGCCUUUUACCAAAGCCUCAUCUGUUUCUUCAUCCCAUACUUUGCUUACGCAGACACUGAUGUGGAUUUGUUCACGUGGGGAACUCCAAUCACCACCUUGGCCCUCUUCACCAUCCUGAUACAUUUGGGCAUUGAGACCAAAACCUGGACAUGGAUGAACUGGGUAUCGAUUGGCUUCAGUAUGGCUCUCUUCUUUACUGUAGCUCUGUGCUACAAUGCUUCCUGCCCAACCUGUUUCGCUCCCUCCAACACUUACUGGACCAUGCAAAGGCUUCUGGGAGAUCCUAUGUUCUACCUGCUGUGUGUUGUCACACCUAUCGCUGCUCUUCUUCCCAGAUACUUUUACAGAGCCUGUCAAGGUUCCUUGUUCCCAAGCCCCGUCCAAGUGGGAAGACAGCUGGACAAACUGCCGGCGGACAUGCGCAGGCUCUUUCUGAGCCAGAGCCGGAUGAAGUUGGGCUCACUCGGGUCACUUUUUACCCCUCGGGCUCCGUUUAUACCCCUCUGUGGGCCUUUCCUAAAAGACUACCGGCCAAGGAUGAAGCAAACUCGUGCGGGUGGCACCAAACAGAAGGAGAAAUCUAUAGCCAGCCCCAUCCCGUCAAAGAGCGUGGAGAUGAGGGACACACCCUUAAGCUCAAAGAACUCUGGGAACCAUGUCGUGCUCAACCUUAAAAAGCAGGAUAAAGUUGAGACGUGCACACAGGACUCUGGAAAUUUAGACUUUACGAAGGAACCGUCAAGCACCAAAGACCCUGCUGGCUCCAGGACAGUUUUGGAUGCCACGGGCUUGGAGGCCACGCUGAGCCCAGCCGACCUCUGUCAGGUUCGUUUGCUCACAUCCACACCGCUGCUUUCUCAAAGUGAGAAUAUACAGCUUGUGUCGCCACCCAGCUGUUUGUUAGGACAGAAACUAGAGGACGAGGACUAUUUAAACCAGAAGCCCCUUUUAGCGAAAAGCGGCGGGGACAUGCAGGACAGCCAAUCGUCUAGCUGCCCACAAGAACAUUUACUUACAACGACAUUUCUAUGAUGUCUUCUACUCGUUACGCUAGUUCAAAUUUGCACGUUGCUUUAAGAAAUAUUAUUAUAUUUGUGUUGAUUUUAUAAAGAUAUAGGUUGGUACUAUAUAUAUAUAUUUUAGAUGUAUAAAGUUUAGAAUAAAGUGUUUUUUUUUUUGAGUGGCCAGCAUAUGCAAACUAGUUCUGAUACGAUUGUUUUUGUAAUGUGUUUUUUUUUUAUAUAUAAACCAUCUCAGAAGUAGAGGAGGUAUGUUUUUCGAGGCAGAGGCAGUCCAGGAAAUUCCUUUAUCUGUUUAUUUGGACCUGGUGCACUUUAAAGAACCUUUCCCUCCUACAAUAAGACACUUCUGUUAGCACUACGCACACAAUGUUUUUGUAUUCCCCACCUAAAAACCCCAGUACCAAAUGUUCGUAACUAAAGAAUUUAUUUUUACGGUAAGGGUACCUAAACAAUCAUAUUGAUACCUGAGCAAAUUCACUUUAAGAACUAUUGAUGUGCUUAUAUUACAGUAGAUGUGACUCAUUGAGUCAAUCACAAAUAAAAGCCAUCUUAACUACUAA